CAGAAAUUCAUGAUGGCGACUGUUUUCUGCCAUAAAAAUAUUCGUGACAGUUUUAAAAACCGCAGAAAAACAUAAAAUUCUUUCAUAUUAUUAAAUGUGAAAAUAUCCAAUUAACUUCGAAAUGCCAACUCAAACAUCUAAGCUUUCAAUUUGAACAAUUUAAAUCUCUAAAAUCGCCUAAUUUACGUCUCAAUUCACCAAAAAUCUAUCUUCGGUUCGGUCGAACAUCUUCCUCCGCAAAGGCUGGGGUGUCAAAAAAAAAGUUUUCAUUUUCCGUCUCAUUGGAUUUUUCUUUUUGGAUUUUUGUUCAUAAAAGGAUUCGUUUUUUUUUUUAACAUUUCUUUGAUGAAUCAACCCCGUAUAGAAAUCAAUUGAUCAAGAGAUUAUACUCGUCGGGGCUAAAUUGUGAUUGUGAUUGGAAGUGCAGGUCAACAAAUGUGGGGACAUUGAAGGGGGUUAUUGACUGGCCUCCAGGAUAAAUGGUAUUUUCAUCUUUUCGUGUCGGCAGUUAGUUAUAUAAAAAAGUGAAUUUGUGCCCAUUUUUUUGGGGAACAGAAAGAAAAAGGUGCCGCCUUUGCAGUUUUUUUCUUUUCACUUCUUUCUGACGUACCGUGCCGUGCAUUGUCGGGCUAGGGGCUCUGGAUCUGGUCACACCUAUGCGCUUAAGUUUCGGUUUGCCUUGCUCUAUUUGUCGCUAUCGUUGUCGGUUCGUUCGUGUGUCACUUCACUAUUGAAUCGAACCCCCUUGGCCCUGCUGUCUCCAAUUGCAACCAUCUAGGCCAACCAGCAAUCCAACAGCUGUAGAUCUGGGAUCUCCUUUUUUGAGAAAAAAACAUUCAACAUUCAACAUCAAAGUCAUCAUAAUCAUCAUCAUCUACGUUUGUAGUCAACGACGACGUUGUUUUACUCGUAGUAGCCGUAUUCGUACUCGAACGUCGUUGUCAUUGUCGCACUCCUCAUAAGGCCAUCCAAUUGUUGGUUUCCACAUUUUGCAAAAUCGUGUAUCGCAAAGCAGUGUAUUAAAAAACCAAAAAAAAAAAAAGAGUGUGUCCAAAAAUCUCAUCACUUUUGUGUGUGUCUAGUUCAAAAUUUUCAAACGUCUUCCAAAAUGGAUAGCCCCGGCGCUGUUGGAAGGCGUCGAGGCAAUUCUCGAGUCAAUGCAGAAGAUCAAGCUCUUGAUCAAAUUGCAAAAGAGGCUGAAGCAAGACUGGCAGCCAGACGGCAAGCACGUGCCGAAGCACGAGAAAUUCGCAUGCGCGAAUUGGAGCGCCAGCAAAAAGAACUGGAGCAAAAUGCUGAUCGAGUAUUUGAUAUGCAAACAGCAGCCGGCAUUGAUCCUCUGGCUAGAUCGCGUCUCAACGCAUCCAGUGUCACCGGAGUGGUUAAUUCGGUACGUGCCAGCUCUAUGUCCUCCCGCAGAAGUAGUGAAGAUUCCCUGGAAGAGGAAGGACGUAGCUUACGUGAUAUUAGGCAUGAACUCAAGGAUGUCGAGGAACGUUUUCGAAAAGCAAUGAUAGCCAAUGCACAACUAGACAAUGAACGAGCCUCACAAUCUUAUCAAAUUCAAUUGCUUAAAGAUAAACUGGAAGAAAUGGAAGAAUCCUUUUCCCAGUUGCAGCGUGAAUUUAAAGAGAAAACACGUGAAUGUAACGCUUUUAAGCGUAACCUUGACAAAUUGACAGAAGAACUGAAACUUGUUAAUGGCCAGUUAACCGAACGGGAUGCGCUAAUUGCCGAGCAGGGUUUGGUUAUUGUAGCUGUCGAAAAUGAGGAUGGCUCUGAUGCCAAACGUGCUCUAGUCACUUUAGAAAAUGCACAAUUAUUAGGAUCUGUUCAAGGUUCUCUUGAUGUUCGACUUAAAAAAUUUAGCGAAGAAAAAAUUCAACUUCAGGCUGAAGUGCAAAACUUACAGGACCAAUUAGAAAAUGUCAAGACCCAGGGACGAGGUCGAGGUAAUUCAAUGAAUGGCACCCUUGGCUCUGAUGAGGAUUAUGAAGCUCAAAGAGAAGCCAAUAAAAUUAUCUCUGACUACAAAUAUAAAUUGCAAAAAGCCGAACAAGAAAUUGCUAGUCUACAAGCCAGCUUAGCUAGAUCAGAAACACAAGUUAUACGAUAUAAAAGUACAGCGGAAGCUGCUGAAAAAGCCGAAGCAGAAUUAAAAAUCGAGAGGAGAAAACUCCAACGAGAGAACCGCGAAGCAAUGGAACGACUAGAAGAACUAGAAACAUCUAAUAAUCACCUUCUAAAGCGACUGGAUAAAUUAAAGAACGCCAAGAGUGCUCUUCUCAAAGAACUCUGACCGACCACACACUUUAGUCCGAUCAAAUCCGAGCGAACAGCAUUACAAGAAAGGCCGAACCUAAAUAAGAAACCAUAAGUUAAAAUAUGAAUUAAUAAUUUCCCUGAAAAUCCAAAAUUUCAACAAAAGAAAAAAAAAACAAAAAAACACUGUGUUCGACUGUGAUGAUGAGAUUUUUAUUGAUGGUGAAUGAAUUUUAUGUAUUUAUUUAUAAAAAAAAAAAAACAAAA